GUGUGGGGUGAGCGCUCCUCCUAGGACACCCCUUCCCCUUGGGGAAAGCAUUAUCACCCCUCCCAGGCUCUACCCAGGGGGAACGCUUUUCUCCUUCCUCAUCAAGGCCCCUUUGGGGGCAGGGAGUGCCUCCACUUGCAUCCCCACGCGCCUGGCCCCAGGAUCCAUUGGCCUGAAGUGAUCAAGCUGAGAUGACAGUCAAACUGGACUUCGAGGAGUGUCUUAAGGACUCACCCCGCUUCCGAGCCUCUAUUGAGCUGGUGGAAGCUGAAGUGUCGGAAUUGGAGACCCGACUGGAAAAGCUCCUCAAGCUGGGCAAUGGCCUCCUGGAAAGUGGGCGCCAUUACGUUGCUGCUGGCCGCGCCUUCAUUGUCGGCAUUUGUGACCUGGCCCACCUGGGUCCACCAGAGCCCAUGAUGGCGGAGUGUCUGGACAAAUUCACUGAGAGCCUGAGCCACAAGCUGGACAGCCAUGCGGAGCUUCUAGAUGCCACCCAGCACACGCUGCAGCAGCAAAUCCAAACCUUGGUCAAGGAAGGUCUCCGGGGUUUCCGAGAGGCUCGCCGGGAUUUCUGGCGAGGUGCUGAAAGCCUGGAGACUGCUCUUACCCACAAUGCAGAGGUCCCCAGGCGCCGGGUCCAGGAGGCAGAAGAGGCAGGGGCUGCUUUGAAGACUGCUCGAGCCGGGUACCGGGGACGGGCGCUGGAUUACGCCCUGCAGAUCAAUGUGAUUGAGGACAAGAGGAAGUUCGACAUCAUGGAAUUUGUGCUGCGUUUGGUGGAAGCCCAGGCUGCACAUUUCCAGCAGGGCCAUGAGGAGCUGAGCCGGCUGGCCCAGUAUCGCAAGGAGCUGGGUGCCCAGUUGCACCAGCUAGUCUUGAAUUCAGCUCGACAGAAGAGGGACAUGGAGCAAAGACAUGUGCUGCUGAAACAAAAGGAGCUGGGCGGGGAGGAGCCAGAGCCAAGCCUCAAGGAGGGGCCUGGGGGCCUGGUCAUGGAAGGACAUCUCUUCAAACGGGCCAGCAACGCAUUUAAGACCUGGAGCAGACGCUGGUUUACUAUUCAGAGCAACCAGUUGGUUUAUCAGAAGAAGUACAAGGACCCUGUGACUGUGGUGGUAGACGACCUUCGUCUCUGCACGGUGAAGCUCUGCCCCGACUCCGAAAGGCGGUUCUGCUUUGAGGUGGUAUCUCCUAGCAAGUCCUGCCUCCUGCAGGCUGACUCGGAGCGCCUCCUACAGCUGUGGGUCAGUGCUGUGCAGAGCAGCAUUGCCACGGCCUUCAGCCAGUCACGCCUUGAUGACAGCUCCCGGGGUUCAGGCCAGGGCUCAGGACACCUGGUCAUGGGCUCUGCUGCCACCCUGGGCCCCGGCGGGACAACCAGGGGAAGGGAGCCUGGCGGAGUGGGGCAUGUGGCAGCCCAGGUGCAGAGUGUGGAUGGCAAUGCCCAGUGCUGCGACUGCCGGGAACCAGCCCCUGAAUGGGCUAGCAUCAACCUUGGUGUCACCCUCUGCAUUCAGUGCUCCGGCAUCCACAGGAGCCUGGGAGUUCAUUUCUCCAAAGUCCGGUCUCUGACACUUGACUCAUGGGAGCCGGAACUAGUGAAGCUGAUGUGCGAGCUGGGAAAUGUAGUCAUCAACCAGAUCUACGAGGCCCGCGUGGAGGCCAUGGCAGUGAAGAAGCCAGGGCCCAGCUGCUCCCGGCAGGAGAAGGAGGCCUGGAUUCAUGCCAAAUACGUGGAGAAGAAGUUCCUGACCAAGCUUCCUGAGAUUCGAGGCCGAAGAGGUGGCCGGGGGCCACCGAGGGGGCAGCCUCCUGUGCCCCCAAAGCCUUCCAUGAAGCCCCAGCCAGGGAGCUUCAGAUCCAAGCCAGAGCCACCCUCUGAUAACCUGGGCAGCCUGCACCCUGGGGCCCUGCUGUUUCGAGCUGCUGGGCAUCCUCCAUCCCUCCCCACCAUGGCUGAUGCCCUCGCCCAUGGAGCUGAUGUCAACUGGGUCAACACGAGUCAGAAUAAUGCCACGCCAUUGAUCCAAGCCACAGCUGCUAAUUCUCUUCUGGCCUGUGAGUUUCUCCUCCAGAAUGGGGCGAAUGUGAACCAAGCAGACAGCCACGGCCGAGGCCCACUCCACCACGCAACCAUCCUUGGCCACACUGGACUGGCCUGCCUGUUCCUGAAACGGGGAGCUGACCUGGGAGCUCAGGACUCUGAAGGCAGGGACCCUCUGACCAUCGCCAUGGAAACAGCCAAUGCUGACAUCGUCACCCUGCUUCGAUUGGCAAAGAUGAGAGAGGCCGAAGCAGCCCAGGGCCAGGCAGGAGACGAGACGUAUCUGGACAUCUUCCGUGACUUCUCACUUAUGGCAUCCGACGACCCCGAGAAGUUGAGCCGGCGUGCUCAUGACCUGCACACGCUUUGAUUCCAGGCCUUGGAGCGGAGGGCCUGCGACCCGCCCUUCCCAACCCGCCGCCCUCACCCUGGCCAUUAAAGCCUUUGUGCUUUGAUCUUC